GUGAGAUUCAAUAUCCGGGCUGCAUUAAGCAGAGAUAUCGGCCAUGGAGCCUGUUCACGAGCAUGAACCAACACUGCUCAAUCCGGGAGCCGAGUAUGGCAAUUUGCCAUUCGACCAAUUUGUCCUGACUAAUUGGAAUUUCGAUAAAGCGGAAGAGAACGAUCAGGAGCAGUGGAACGACCUUGCUUCCAGAUGGCUGUCGAUGAGCCACGUUGAUCGCAGUCAAUACUGGAGAAUAUGCAGUCCCGCAGAUAGCCCCCCUCCUGAUGCGCCAUAUCUGCCAACGCAAUCGCAGAUUCAGCGUAUAUUGGCUGCGCACCAGACGAUCACCGAGCGCAAUGUAACUCAGAAAUUCCUGAGCCGUGUCCCUUACCCAAUCUGGAUCCGUACUUGCUAUGCGGUUGAACUCGACACUACUUACCAGGAAAUGUUCGAGUGCGGUCAAACGGACUUUGGGCCGGAGAUAGUUCUUGACAACGAAAGUCUGUAUGGUCAAUAUGGGCACGACUGGACAAAGGUUUUCCUGCGUCUGCCUCAACUCAUAGACAGUGUAGUCUAUUACAACGAUGGGCACCCGGAGAACGACGAAAGCCGGCUUGCAAUCUCACCACCUAACGAUGAGGCGAGACUGCCGUUGUACAACGCAGUCAUGAAGUCGAAAUCUAUUUACUACCUUUUCGACGAGGAAGCAGUGCAAGAAAAAUUGGUCAAGGUGCAUUUUCUCGACAUUCAUGGACAGUCAGUUUGGUACAAUAAAAUCAGGCCAGAGCAUAUCCAAGAUUUUGAAGCAGGUCCUAGCGGAGGCCAUCUGUCAGGGCACCUCGAAAACUGUGGGGAUGAUCCAUCUUUAUUGCAUCCAGGAACGUUACUGUAUGCUGAAGAAUGAAACAUCGUUCCGAUAAAUUAUAUACAGAGAACAACCCUAUGAAUUUGCGCAAUCUUGGUAUCCUACACUCUUCCCGCCGUUCCUAUGUAACUCAGUCAGCAUUAGUAGGGUACGGUGGAAAGCAAGUGCUUGGGAAGGUUGUGCUAGGUAGUGGA